AUGCUUCUCUCAGCUCAGUUAGCUCCUCGACUCGGUUCGCAGGUACGUCUCAACUCAGGUAGCUCCUCGCCUAUGAUUUUCUCGAUGCAGAUGGACUCAUCAAGUGCUUCCUCAUCCUCCACAACAUUCUUAUUACCAGACAGCCCGCCUCCGGAGAGGAAGAUGAACUUCUGGGAGCAGCAGAAGCAACAGCAGCAGAAGCGCCGCAGCACGGCUGCUACCUCGGCUGUUGCCUCCACCUCUGCUGCUGCCACCUCCUCCUCCUCCUCAGAUCCCUUGAAGAAACAAGGGAUCUUUGUACGUGAGGAGGAUGAGGAGGAUUCCUCCAUCAUCAUCCCAGACAGCAGCCCUCUCCUGCAAGCUACUUGGGCGCCGCGCCGAGCGACGCUAACAUCAGUGCCUGCCACCGCCGCCGCCCCCAAGCAGUCGGUUAAGCGGAGGUUGUUUGUCGACGACGAUGAGGAGCCCUCCAACGUCCUCACUCAAUCGAAGGCACGCAGCUCCAGGAAGUGCAGUUCCUCCCCAUCUUUCGGGCUUGCCGGCCGCCAAAGCUCUGACUCUGACACGAGUUCCGCGCCACAAUCAACCCCUCACCCCCUCACCCCUCAAAACUUCAUCCCCUAA